UAAAAUGCAUAACCUUAAACUUGAGUGUGAAGGUACUAAAUUUAACCGAGUUUAUACGUUUAUAAAUAAGAGAUAAAAAGUGUGACUUUUUGACUUGCUUCUUAUCAAAAGCAAGUUUUUACCAACAGCUAGCAGUUUAUUUCAGUAUAGUUUAAUCUUACAAGUGCCGGUGUUCGUUCGGUUUUAUUUAAUUUAAAAAUGGGGGGUAAAUAUACAAAAUUAGAUCCUAUGCAAGUGGAAGUACCUGAAAUAGAUGCUUUACUCAACAGAGAUCCUUAUUUAAAACCAUAUGAAAAAGAAAUUCGAAGAAGAUAUGCAUGUUUCAAAGACAUCGAGGAUUCCAUUGAAGUUAACGGUGGAGGCUUAGAUAAUUUCACAAAAGCUUACAAAUAUUAUGGAAUAAAUGUUCAACCCGAUAACACGAUAAUUUGCCGAGAAUGGGCUCCAGGAGCCAAGCAAUUGUUCCUAGCAGGAGAAUUCAAUGGUUGGAAUCGUGAUAGUCAUCCAUACAACAAAUUAGAGUUUGGAAAAUGGGAAUUGAUACUACCACCAAAUUCAGAUGGCUCACCAGUUAUCAAACAUUUAUCUGAACUCAAGGUGGUAGUUCAAAACUGGGAAGGGCAUAAAGAAGAUAGAUUGUCACCAUAUGCAACAUACGUUGUUGAACCACCCAAGAAUGAAGGAACCAUUUAUAGACAUAAAUUCUGGAAUCCGCCACAAACUGAGAGAUAUAUAUUUAAGAACAAAAAAGUGCACCGUCACAAGAGUCUUCGAAUUUACGAGUGCCAUGUUGGUGUUGCCACAUCAGAACUUAAAGUUGGUAGUUACGAUAAUUUUACGGACAAUAUACUUCCUAGAAUUGUCAAACAAGGUUAUAACUGCAUUCAACUAAUGGCAAUAAUGGAGCAUGCUUACUAUGCUAGUUUUGGUUAUCAGGUUACUAGUUUUUAUGCUGCUUCAAGUCGUUAUGGUACUCCAGAACAGCUUAAGCGCUUAGUCGAUACAGCUCAUGAGAUGGGUCUAAUGGUAUUAUUAGAUAUUGUUCAUUCUCACGCCAGCAAGAACGUAAUGGAUGGACUCAAUAGAUUCGAUGGAACCGAUGCAGGUUAUUUCCACGCUGGUAGUAGAGGAGAACAUUCUUUAUGGGAUUCCAGACUAUUUAAUUAUUCUGAAUUUGAAGUUCUACGUUUUCUUCUAUCUAAUGUCAGAUGGUAUAUGGAAGAAUACCAAUUUGAUGGUUUUAGAUUUGACGGUGUUACUUCAAUGCUGUAUCACUCGAGAGGAAUUGGACAAGGUUUUGGGGGUCAUUAUGAUGAUUACUUUGGUUUAGGUGUAGAUACCGAAGGAUUCGUUUAUCUUAUGAUGGCCAAUCAUAUGAUACAUAUGAUACAUAAGGAUGCCGUUACUAUUGCGGAAGAUGUAUCUGGUAUGCCUGGCACCUGCCGACCAGUUAGUGAAGGCUGUUUGGGAUUCGAUUAUAGAUUAGCUAUGGCAAUACCAGAUAAAUGGAUCCAGUUGUUGAAACAUUCUUCAGAUGAUUCUUGGAAUAUUGGUGAUAUUGUACAUACUUUAACCAAUAGGCGAUGGAUGGAAGGUAACGUUGCUUAUGCGGAAUCUCAUGAUCAAGCCUUGGUGGGAGACAAAACUAUAGCGUUUUGGUUAAUGGACAAAGAAAUGUACACUCAUAUGAGCACCAUGUCUGAUCCAUCUCUAAUAAUUGAUAGAGGAAUCGCAUUACAUAAACUCAUUCGUUUCGUUACCCAUGGUUUAGGGGGAGAAGCUUAUUUGAAUUUUAUGGGUAACGAAUUUGGCCAUCCGGAAUGGUUAGAUUUUCCAAGAGAGGGUAAUAACAGCUCUUAUCACUAUGCUAGGAGACAAUGGCAUCUUGUCGAUGAUGAUUUACUCAAAUACAAAUUCUUGAACAAUUGGGAUGCAGCAAUGAAUCACGCAGAGAAUAAAUAUGGAUGGUUAGCUGCUAAUCCAGCAUAUGUCAGUAUGAAACAUGAGGAUGACAAGGUAAUAGCAUUCGAAAGAGCAGGUCUUGUAUUCAUUUUCAAUUUUCAUCCAACAAAAAGUUUUGCUGACUACAGAAUCGGAGUAGAAAUCGAAGGAAACUACAAAAUAGUAUUGAGCUCUGAUGAUAAACAAUUUGGUGGAUUUGAUAGAAUAGAUAAAUCUGUUACAUUUGUUACUACACCCGAAGGAUAUUCUGGUAGAAGAAACUAUAUACAGGUACGGUAUUUCUUAAUUAUUCAACUACUAUUCAUUUUAAAUCAAAUGGACUUUUUUUCAUUUUGAUUCGGGUAUAAAAAACUGAUAUAUCGUGUGAUAUAUACGUUUUAUUACAUUUUAAAUUCGAUUCUUUACUUAAUGAAGAAUAUGAAGAAUUGAGAAAAAAAUAUUAUUUGUAUUUUAUUUUUUCAAAUAUAUUUUUCAUGGGCCAAUAGUACCCAAAUUCGCUAUCUCUAAAAAUAUUAACUUUAUCGUGAAAAGUCAUAGGACCUUUUUAUUAUUAUUUCAAUAAAGAAUAUAAAAUAAAUUGUUCGGUUUAAAAAUAACAAUUCCUUGCAAUUGUUUAAACAAUUUCGGUUUAAACAAUAUGACACGGGGUUGCCCCAUGGCAACAUGCAACGGUACUCAUGCGCUGAUUCCUACUGGACUAUCUAGUAAAUUAGCUUUUGCCAACAUACCCAUUAUCUCAUAUUCGGAAGAGCUUUUAAUCUACAAAAAUUAUAGAGAUAGAAUGCAAUUCUCUAUAAAAGUAGCUACAGGAAGCAAAACUUGACUAAACUUUUCUUGGGUUGAAACUUUGAUUUUAGUAAAAUUCUUGAGUUUUAUUAAUAAAAAUGCAAAACCCCAUAUUAUUAUUGUUUUUGACUUUAUUUUUAAAUUAUAUUUUAAAAUAAAGUUGAUGUCUUCUCACACUGCAAUAUAAUGAUCAUACGGAUUUUUAGAUUUUUAGGGAAUUUGUUUCACACAAUAAAAGUAUUGAAUUAAUUUAUUAUUUGUUUCAGGUGUACAUACCAAGUAGAACAGCCAUUCUCUUAGCCAAAGUUUGAAUAUUUAUGCCUUUUGUGGAUCGUAUUUUUAAAAAUUACAUCAUUUAUUGUUUCAUUUCCAAAGAUCUGAAGUAUGAUUUUUGAAUUAAAAAAAAUAUAUAUAUUGUUAUAUUGUGCUAUAUUAUAGAACUAAUAAUGUUUUAAAAUUUGUUAAUUAAUUAAAAUUUAUGUUUUUAUUGGUGAAAUUAUAGAUAUAGAGUAAUUAUUAUGACAAACAAAAACGUAUACAACUAGAUUAAAUGAUAGUGAUAUUUUUACAAUAUGUAAAUAUAUUUUUUGGAAACUUUUUUCUAAAUUUGCAAAAAUAAUAACUUUCUUAACGAUAUGUUGUUGUCAUAUAUAAGUACAAAUUAUUUACAAGAGUAAAUUGAAUUUGGCAUCUAGAUUAUUUUUGUUUAUUAAAAGUAGUUUUCUAAGUGA